AUGUUAAGAAAUCAAAUAACAGGAAAGUUAGAAGCUGUUGGAGAUACAGUAGAACGAUUUCAUUUUAUUUUACAUCCAAAAGAUGAACAAAAUUUAAUUCGUGAAGAACAAGAUAAAGGAAAAGAAUUAUAUUCACUUUUAGUUCAAUUUGAAAUUAUUCAAGGAGAUACAAUAAGAAAAAUAUUUCGAAAUAAUUCACAAGAACGAGAUAAAAUAGAAAAGAGAAUUCGAAAUGAUCUUGAUCCUUCGAUUGCCGAUCCAUUAAUUAGUUUAUUAAAUAAAUUAAAAGAUAAUAUUAGUCAACAAAAUCAAUAUUUUUAUCAAACAGAUUUACCAUUUACUAUUAAAGAAGAAGAAGGAAAUAAUAUUCGAAUUUAUCUAAAAGAAAAAAAUAUUUUAAAGUCUGGUGGACUUGCUAAAUAUAAAUAUGUAGAUAUUAAAAGAAAUAUUGAAAGAAUUUUAAAAAAUAUUCAAUUUGAAAAUGAUAAAGAAUUAAUUUUGUCGAAAAUUUUGUCUUUACAAGGAGAUAUUCGUUCAUUUGAAAAAGGUUUAAAAGCUAAUUUAAAAGAUUUUAUAGAUCUUCAAGAUCAAGAAAAUGUUCCAAAAGAUAAAUCUUGGUGGGAUUGGAAUGCUUUUGCCGUUGCAAUGAUAGGGCUUGUUCAAGUCAUUGCCGAAGCUGUUUUAGUAGCCUUUGGUUUGACUCAGAUAGGCAAUGCUUUAAUAUCAGGUAUUUUUAGUUGGAAAGAAUGGGCAAUACAAAAAGCAAUUAGCUUCGGUCUCUCUAUGUUGACUGUUGGAAUUGGAAAGUUUUUGACGGAUAAAAUUAUGGAACAGAUUCAAGAAAAUGUUUAUACAAAAGAUUGUUAACAAAAUCAUGCAGAAGGUCAAAUUGCUGUUGAACAAUCUCCGAUAAAUCAAGAUUCAAAGAAAGAACAACAAGAUCGAGCGAAAAGAGAAGAUCUACAAAAUAAUAUUAGAAAUCCAAAACAAAUUACUGCAAGUUAUUUGAGAGAAGCAAAAGAUAAAGAUAGAGCUUUAGGUCUAGCUGAUAUAAAAAUGUUAGCAGAUCGUAAAAGAAGAAAAAUAACUGUUUACAAUUCAGAUACUGACGAAAAAGAAAUAAUAAAUCCUUCAGGAGUGGACAUGUGCGGGACCAACUUUUUUUGGUCCCGGUCCCGGUCGCGGUCCCGGUGAAAUUGAAUUUUGGUCCCGGUCCGGUCCCGGUCCUUGUAAACUUUUUUUGGUCCCGGUUUGGGCCCCGGUGAAAAUUUUCAUUUGGUCCCGGUCCCGGUCCCGGUCCCGGUGGAAAUUUUCCUUUUGCUGCUGAUUCCGGUGAAAUUCUGCUUUUUAGUCCUGGGCUCAGUUAGCACAUUCGCUACGAUGUGGCCUAACAGUGAGCCACGCUACAUUUUAACGAGAAACUGUAUAGAAAAGUACUUUAUUUUUCUUUGUUCUUAGACAGGAGGCUGAACAUAAUGCUUUAUCUGUUCUGCCUUCAGAACUCUUUUUGAGUCCGUUAUUCCAUAGCAUGAUGGGUCUUGUUAAAAAAAUCAAGACAAAAAAAAUUGUCACUCACAACAGAACGUUUUUACUUUCUUUGCUACCGCAUAGCUCGCUUCUCUUGACUGUUGUGCCCUUCCUUUCGCAAAGCAGCCAGUACAGCGUCUGCGGACAUUGCCCUUAAACCCUUCCUUUUCUUCGAGCUUGCGAUUAGUGAAUUCGCGCUUGAAUUGGGUUGCCGAUUCAACUUCUCGAAUGGCAUGUCAUGCUGAAAUGACCUCACAGGA